UUGCAAUAAUAUCUAAAAUUACAGUAAAUAUAAGAAUUUAACACAAGGCCCGAAAAUGUCUACUGUUUUAAUUAAGGAACACACUGAACAUGUCACCAAUCUUAUACCACAAAUUGUCGAAGAACGAAUUAAAAGUCCCAUAUACCGUUCGAAAUAUCAUAAGAAGCCUGCAAAACUCAAGGGUGAAGAUUUGAUAAAACUAGAUUUCACAAAAGAGGAGUCUGUAGAACCAAAGAAAUUUGAUCAUCGCACUUUUGGGGUGGCCUGUGUGCCACGUACCCCACCUACGCAGUUUUUGAAAAAGAAAAGCCGUAUUGAGCCACCAAGACCCGAAAUUAAACACGUACAUUAUAAACGACCCGGAUAUCCAAAGUCACUUCCAGCUUGGGUGCCAGUGAAACGAAGCAUAAAAUCUGGAUUACCAGAAUUACCUCAAGAUCCGACUGUAACCGCGAGAAAAAACUUCAAAUUAGAAAAUAUUGUUAAUGUAAAAAGAUCGCGGCCUCAGCAGCCGAAAAAACGUUACGUCGACACAAGAUAUGGCUCGGCACAUGAUUUAGAAGCCAGUGGUCUGCUGCCCAUUUACAUUCACAGAGCGGAUUAUGGAAAGAUACCCAGUUUUGUGUCGUCAAAGAAUAUCAAGAAGGAGGAGGUGAACGACGAGACGAGAGUUCAACCCCUUUGUCGUUAUAUUACAGCAACUGAACGAGCAAAACUUCUCGAAGGCAUGAAGAAGAAGUGGGAUGAACUGCAAAAAGAGUUCCAGUGUCUGCCUUUUGUGAUCGAUACGCUACCCAGAAUUACGCGGAAAACACAGAUGGAAGAUGCUUUGAAACAGCUUGAGAAAGACAUUGAUAUGAUAGAGAAACAUCCUUACAUAUAUGUGUACAGUGACAGCGAAGAAGAUUAAUUUAUAUUAAUAUGUACUCAUAUAUCAUCAGUCAAUUUUCAACCCAAUUAAACAUGUGCGACGAUGAGUGAAUAUCA